AUGGCUCCGGCUCCGCUGCUCCUCAGUGGGAGCCGGGCCUGGCCGAGGCUCCUGGGAACCCAGAGGGGGCUGCUGGUGCAGGGACUUCAGGGGGCUCGGAGGGGGUCGUUGGGGUCCCAGGUGGGUCAGAGGGGGCUGCAGGUGCUGGGGCCCCCGGUGGGGUUAUUGAGGCCCCCGAGGGGGCUGCAGGUGCUGGGGCCCCCGGGGGGGUUAUUGGGGCCCCAGAAGGGGCUGCAGGUGCUGGGGCCCCCGGGGGGGUUAUUGGGGCCCCCGAGGGGGCUGCAGGUGCUGGGGGCCCCGGGGGGGUUAUUGGGGCCCCCGAGGGGGCUGCUGCUGCAGCAAGGUCUCUCCAGAGGCUUUGCCAAGGUAGCCAAGACCAGGAGCAGCAGAGAAGUGAGAGAAGCUGAGGACUCUGCCCCAGUUUUUCAGUAUGUGGGGGAGAGGUCCAAGCGGAAGGAGAGGGUGUUUGUCUGGGGUUUCUGUCAUGCUGGGGCCCUCGGGAUCCCCAGCUUUGUUAAGCCUGAUGCAGGCUGGAAAAAGCGCCGGAGGAUACAGCCCACACCCUACCGCCUGGACACAGCUGAGAAGGUAUCCUCUGCAGCAUGUGGCUAUGGCUUCACACUAAUAUCCUCAAAAACCACUGACAUUACCAAAGUUUGGGGCAUGGGGCUGAACAAGGAUUCUCAGCUUGGCUUUCAGAGAAGCAGGAAGGAUCGAACUAAAGGCUAUGAGUACGUCUUGGAACCAUCUCCCAUUCCAUUACCACUGGACACUCCCCAGGAGACCCGGGUCUUGCAGGUGUCUUGCGGGAGAGCUCAUUCACUGAUCCUGACGGACAAGGAAGGAGUCUUCAGCAUGGGCAACAAUUCCUAUGGGCAGUGUGGCCGAAAAGUUACUGAAGGUGAAAUUUACAGUGAGAGCCAUCUAAUUCACCGACUGCAGAAGUUUGACGGCAGGGUUGUGCAAGUCGUCUGUGGGCAGGAUCACAGUCUGUUCAGGACUGAGAGGGGCGAGGUUUACUCCUGUGGAUGGGGAGCUGAUGGGCAAACAGGUGUUGGCCAUUACAAUAUCACCAGUGUGCCCACCAAACUGGGCGGAGAUAUUGCUGGAGUAAAUAUCGUGCAGGUUGCCACCUAUGGGGACAGCUGUCUGGCUGUAUCUGAUGAAGGAGACCUCUUUGGGUGGGGAAACUCCGAAUACAUGCAGCUGGCAUCCAUCACAGAGAUGACACAGGUGAAUGUUCCAAGGCAUUUACCAUUCAAGAUUGGGAAGAUAAAGGAUGCUGCAUGUGGAGGGACAGGCAAUGCUGUUGUAAACGGAGAAGGAAAUGUCUUUGUCUGGGGAUAUGGAAUUCUUGGGAAAGGACCAAACCUGAUGGAAACAGCGACUCCAGAAAUGAUCCCACCCACCCUCUUUGGCUUGUCAGACUUCAGUCCGGACACCCGCGUUUCUCGCAUUCGCUGUGGACUCAGCCAGUUUGCUGCACUUAACAACAGAGGAGAGCUGUUUGUAUGGGGCAAGAAUAUAAGGGGGUGCUUGGGGAUUGGAAGAAUGGAAGACCAGUAUUUCCCAUGGAGGGUGACAAUCCCAGGCGAGGUAGUUGAUGUGGCUUGUGGAGUUGAUCAUAUGGUAACUCUGGUUAAAUCAUUUAUCUAACAGCUGUGCUGUACCUCAGCUAUGCAUGGGGAAUGGCUGGUAAAAGAUGAUCACAUGCUGCCUGUGUGCAGUAUUAUAUUACUGAACAUGAGCACA